ACUCCCCUGAAGCUUGUUUGCGGUGUAGAGCAGAUAAUCGAACACCGUCAUGUUCGUGAGAGUAUCCCCUUUUAUUAUGGGUGACAUAUUAGUUUGUAGCUCCCAAGGUUUGAUCUGGACAGUUGAUUUUGUGAAAGGACCUCUUCUAAAUGAGGAUUUGUGCUACAAAGCGUUCAGACGACUGCCGUAAAUCGUGUGGAUGUCAUAGAGCCAAACAACCGACUGUCGCGCUUGUGAGUCUCACCUUUACGAUAUUGGUGAAAUAUUCGUUUGUAACUCACACGGUUUUUACAGACGAUUUGUUGUCCGGAUCCUCUCAUGUGUAGAAAAAGUAUUCUUUCACAAGCCCCAUGUUAUGGAAAAGGUGCAAACGUUAUAACGUCUGAAAGAGUGGAUUGAAUGGCAUCCAGUACAAUAAAGGGUAAAUCUCUAGCAUAAACACACAGGGAGCUAGCUAUUCACGAUUCAAAAUGACAGGGGGGAUAUAUAAAAACUAUGAUCUCACCAAAUGGACAAUAAAGAUUCUACAUCUCCUAUCCUAACACCUGAUUCCCAGACCAAACCUUGUAAUCAACAUACCACAAUAAUCCGUAUUCGACAUUUCUUUGUAAAUGAAAAGGACCUUUGAAUGGCAGGUUUGACAUUAAGAGCGUUUGAUCUAGUUUACUGGCCUCUUUACCGUAAAUGAUACUGGAGGUCUAGGCCAAUAAAAGCUUUUUUGUAAAGGAUAUAUGAAUAAAAGCAAAGCAGGUUGUCCAUGGUGGCUGUAUUAAACCAAACCUGAUUGUUUACAGUGUCUUUUUAUCCGGAACAGCAGAGGACUAAUGUGGUUACUUGUCUGGUUUUGAGCCCGUGGUAAUAGAUGUAUUUGACAGGUCGGAAAUGCCCGUAGUCCACCACGAUAGGUGCAUACCUGUCUACCCGCAGAUUGGGUUUCCUGCAUGACCCACUUAAAAGCGGCCCAUCCUCUCUGCGACGGUCUCUCUCCAUCUCUGACCGCUAAAACAGCAAUGAGGAACCCACAACCGGCCAUCCUGCUCUCAUUUCUCGCUCUGUUGUUGGUCUGGCCUGAUGUACAUUCUACAGAUGUCCUCUCCUCCACACAGCCAGCCCCAACCAGCCCUGCUUCCUCCCACUGUGAGGCAGAAACAACAGCAGACCAGGAGCAGUCCCGUCCUCACAUGGAGAAGGUGAUGAGCCAGAAAUGUGACUCCAGUGUGGAGAGCUACUGUCUCAACGGAGAAUGUCUCCUAUUGUUGGAUCUCAACGAACACCACUGCAAGUGUGAGAGGGGUUACUACGGGCCCAGGUGUGCUCACCUGGAGAUGGUGUUUCAGCCAAUGAAAGAAGAGCAUGUCAUCCUGAUGGUGGUAUGUGGGGGGCUUCUGUUUAUAGGCGUCGUUGGAGCCUUCUACUUCUUCUGCCGAUGGUACAAGAGAAAUAGAUGUCCACCGCAACAGAAACAGCAGACGUACCAGGAGGUGCAGAUGGCGUGAUGUGUGUGUUUGACAGCAGCCAUAUGUUCAAUCAUUAUGUUAUAUAAUAUACUGUAAUUCUGUUACUUAGGGCACGCAAUGGGAAAACAUUUUAAAACUGUUUUGUAAAGGAAAAUGUUUCACUCACGUUUCUUCCGUGCUGUGCCUACUGAAGACAACUCCAGCAUUUCUACUGUGUGUGUGUGUGUGUGUCUCAAACUGAAAAUGUAUUUUUGUCAGGAGUAAGUUUUGCAUGGCAGUCUCCUUCGUGUUAGAAUAGCUUACUAUCCUGUUUGGUUUGAUCCAGUUUUGGGCUAUAUUGAACUUUAUAUGCAGUAUUUUAAAUUAUACAAAUAUUAGUUUUUUUUUCUUAUUUAUGAAAUUUCUAAUAAAACUUGUCCUCUUCUUUCUA